GGCGAACACGUACAUGCUUGUACCAUGUCUUCGGAUUUGGCAGCGGCGUUGGGCAAACCUCCAGCGUCGAAAGAUCUCCGACGCGCACUGAACGUCGAUGUGUACAGUACUCUUGAGUCAGUACCCCCGUCGUCCUCGUCCUCUGUGCAGUCUGUGGCCGCCUUCUUGGUCGCAAAACAAACGUCACACCUCGGGGGUGAUUUCCUGCAGCGUCCUAUCUGCGUGACGAGCAUUGGGAGUGCACCGAAUACAUCGCUCUGGACGCCCUUCCUUAAUGCGUACUUUGACGUGAGUUCAUUUCACGCCUCAGCCAUUUCAGCCUUCGCCGCGCCUCGCGUUCGCAUGCUACAGUGCGCCGUCCCAGGGCUCGUGGCGUUAAAUGUCCAGCAGGUUGUGGAUGCGGCAUCGAGGCAUUGCCCGCCAAGCUCCUCGACCAUGUUAGUGCUGACAUGUGAAGCGUUGAGUGCAACUUCAACCCCAGUUGUUGUGAACGGUAAACUCGUGUUGAUCGUAUCGGUGGUGCAGCCAACGUCAUCACCGCAACCAGCAGUGCAAGCGCUGCUGCAUGCACUGGGGGUGCUUCCCUGCAACUUCUUUACUUGCGUUAUGAACGCCAACACUGGCUUCGACAUCACGUGCGACAUUCCAACGUUUGUGUUGUGCCCGUUGUGUCUUCGAAAGUGCAGUUUGGCCGUUCCCCAGUUCAACAUUGUGCGACGAUACGAGUCGCUUCUGGUCGUGUUGGAAGGGGGAGGUGUAGCGGAGGGGGGGAGUUGGGCGAUGUCAUUUCACCAAUGGUGUGACGCACACACGACGUACAUCACCAACAACCCACGACCCCAACCAUUGAAGAAACCAAUGGCUGCUGCUUCGAUGGCUGUGGAUGUGUCGAAACUGAAGCUCUUAAAACGGCGGCUGGCAACACGGACGCGCCGAUGAUGAUGGAUGAGUCGACCUCAUGUGAUUGUCAUGUCGUCGUGAUCUCGAGGCUUCGUAUACCGGGAUUCAAGAAGGGGGCACUUAGCCACCACAUAUACCGAUGCGACGUAAGGACCACGCCCAGAAAUAUGAGCGAGCGAUGCCGUUGGCCCAACAAAUCUGCCUGGUGCCCGUGUUGGUCCUUGUCGAAACAACGAGACUUUUAGUCUUUCUACCCACUUGAUUUAAUACGAGCCAAAUCACUUCAGAUAACUGCAAGUGCAAAAAAAUUUACGUUAAUGAAAACGCCCUCAACAACCAUUCGUGUGGUUGAGGUUUC